UAAUGGGCUACACUCACUCACCGGCCACCGCGGGCAACAACAUAUGAGGGCUUCUCUCCAGAAAAAAAUCGUAAUCCUAAGAGACAAAGUGAAAACGAGGAGCCGGAAGACUCCGGAUUUGUUCUUAAUAAUCAGACCUAGGUUGCAUCUGCAGCGCGAGCCAGAGCCGAAGAACCAGAGACGGAGAUCCCAUUCGCCUGCCACUUCCUGAACUAGCUACAUACUCACCCCGUCGGCUGAUUCUAUUAUUAUACAUAAAUUGGGAAUCUUAAGGAUUUGUGCUAUCGUGAUCCAGGGCCGGCUUCGAUAAAUAUACACACCACUGCGCUUCGUUAAUUCGAUCGAUCAAUCUUAUUUUAUAUACUCCGUAAAUAGUUAUACUCCGGUUUGGCCAGCAAUGGGGGACAACUUUUGUGAUAUGCGGUGGUGUGUGGACGUAGAUACAGAAGAUGAUCCUGAUCUUCAAAGGUCUGUGGUGAGGAUAUAUCUGGAAGAAGGGGAUGCUUCGUAUGCUAAAACAUGGUGGCUGGACAGUGAAGAAUGCGGCAGCAACAAGGAAGUUCUGUAUAGGGUUGAGGAGUUUGUUGACGUGAGCGGUGAAUGUGCGCAGACUAUUAUUGACUUGGAGAAGAUCCUCCAAGACGAAGAAGAACUUAUGACUUUAUUUACUGAUAAACUACUCUCCCCCUUCCAUCACCUUGUCUUCCCAGAAGGGCUCAGGCACUUCGCAAGUGUUUUGAUUAGGGGAUGUCGUGAUCGGCUUAUUCCUCUCAUCAAUCACAACUCUACCUCGAAGCUGUACUCCAUUAGCCUGGGUGUAUCUUUUCAGCUCUCUGCAACUUUGGGAGUGAAGGCCUGGAACUGGUUUCUAGAUUGCCUUGACCAACUGGAGCCUGAUUUGCGUGAUUAUAAGCGGUCAUCUCCAAUGCCUUUGCCCAGGAUUGUGCCCGAUGGCUACGGUCUCUUCGCAAAAUUAGGCCAAGAAAAAACAUGUGCGAUUUGUUUGGGCAAGUACGAAGCGCAGUGCCUCGUGAUUCGCCUCCAAUGUCUGGAUGAGCUUCUCCCUGACCCCGAGAAGGAGCAUAGUCACAAGGCAGCAGCAGCAAUGCUGCUGCCAUGUCAGCACAUAUUCCAUGCGAAUUGCAUUGCGAGCUGGUUCCAGGUUUCAGAACAAAAAGAUUACCUUAUAUACUCUCAGAAUACUUGCCCUCUAUGCAGGUUUGAGAUCUCCGGCCACUAUUUAGCGUUUUCUCUUGUACAUUUGUUUCCUCUCUGAUCACCAUGGAUCAAUUCUUUGGUACUUAAGAAUGGAUUUUGUAUGAACCAGGCCGGGCCACCAAGCCCAUUUGUUUGUGUGUGGCCAUUUUUAGAGUGCUG